ACGUCAUUUUUACUAUGUUAUGUUUUUAUUUAUAAUUGAAUGUAAUGUAAAUUGAAUUGAUUGUUAUAAAUCAAAUUAAAAUGGCAGUAACGAUAAAUACAAAGAAUAAAAAAGGACCGAUUAUAGAUCCAGCAUUAUGUCGAUGUUGUCAUUCAAUAAAAAAAUGCCGUCUCUUAUCGACAGAAUACGAGUGGAUGGGAAAGAAGGAGGUUUACUCUGAUAUGAUUAUGGAUUGCUUUGGAUUACUUCUAUCACAUCUAGACGGUGAUAACAAAGACACUUGUAUCUGCGCAACUUGUGUAUGCAGGUUACGAGAAGCAUAUGCCUUCAGACAGCAAGUAUUACAGUCAGAAGAGGUCUUCAUGAAUGCUAAACUCGAGGGAAACAGAGAUGAUAAUCUACCACAAUUCAUGGUGGAACUGAAAGUGGAACCAAUAGAGGAUACUGAAGACACACAAAUGGAAAAUCUCGAUGAUGUAAUUGAGAACCAAGAUGAAAAACCAAAUCUAGAUAUUGACGUCAAAAUAAAGAAGUCAAGCAUAAAAAUACCAAGACGGAGAUCGGUUCGUACGAAACAUGUCAGUUCUAAUCCAAUGAAGAGAGAAGUUAACAAAGUGCGGAGAAGGAAGGUUAAGAUGGAUGAUUUACUGGAAACAGAAAUACAGGAAACAAAAUCUAGAAAGGCGAAAAAAUCUAUCAUUGAUCAUGAACAGAUGGCUUAUGCUAAUACAGUAACUAUAGUUCACAAUUCUUAUGUCUGUCCGUUUCAUAACAAAGUGAGCAAUUACUACUGUUAUUAUUGCAAAGAUCAGUUUACGAAUCCCGUAGAAUUACGUGAACAUACAAUGUCACACGAUCCUAAAACAAUGUUUGAAAGCAUGAUGGAUAAUAGAAAAAUACCAAAAAUCGAUAUCACAAGAAUCGAUUGUCGAUUGUGUCAAGAAAAAAUCGAUAAUCUUGACACAUUGAAACAGCACCUCACUAUUGUCCAUGGUAAAGAAUUACAUCCAAUCACAAACGAGUUUUUAAAAUUCAGACUGACGUUAGACAAUUUAACAUGUACUGAAUGUAAAAAUACUUUUCCAUAUUUUGAUUUAUUAAAAAAACAUAUGGUCGAACAUUUUGGUACAUUUAUUUGUGACAUAUGCGGUGCUUGUUUUUUAGAACAGACAUCUUUACGUACACAUAUCAAAUCUCAUAAUAAAAUCGAAGCUUGCUUCCCUUGUGAGAUUUGCGGGAAAAAUCUCAAAUCUAAAUAUAGUAGAUAUUUACACGUAGCUACUGUACAUGAAAAAAAACCUACCGUUAAUUGUUAUAAAUGUGAAGAAAGUUUCCUUUCAUAUGCAUUAAGAAAUAGACAUCUAAUCGAAGUGCACGGUGAUAAAAGAACAUUUCCGUGCAAAUUGUGUGAUAAAGUUUAUAACAGAAGGAAAACAUUAAUGGAACAUAAUAGAAGAAUACAUCUAAAAGUUUACAGACAUCAGUGCGAUUUGUGUGACCAAAGAUUUUAUUUGCCUUCAAGAUUGAAAGAACAUAUGGCAACACACACCGGUGAAAGGAAUUUCCGUUGUGAAUUCUGUGACAAAAGUUAUCCAAGGUUACAAUCGUUGCAGGAACAUUUACGUUCACAUAAUAAUGAGAGGCGAUAUAAAUGUGAUUUAUGCAAUUCAACGUUCACACAAAAUGGAAGCCUCAAAACUCAUUUAAAGAGUCACCAUCAAGGAUAUGAAGUGGAAUCCAGCUUCAAUUAAGCUAUAGUCUGAUAACGUUAUCUGAAACGGUGGUUAUGACAUCAUUACUCUGAUCUUUAGCGCAUAUAACAAGACGCCUUAAGUGCCCUCUAAGAUAAAGUCUGGAAAGAUUUCCGACAUCAAAAACGUGGGGCGCAAAAAUUUUGUUCAAGGCGUCGGAAAUACUAAAACCGACUUUGAUAACGUAAAUUAUGGAAUAGAUCAGAGGGGCAAACAAACAAAGUGCAUUCGCUCGGAAGCGAUUCCAUAAUAAACUUCAAAAAUCUAUAGAACUGAGGCGCGACAAUUACGUGACUUAUGUUAUUGUCAGUUCCUUACAUUUUUUCUAACCCCGCUGAAGCCAGAAAGAUCGGUACAUCCUACAUAUAGUAGGGUAUAACGAAAUAGAAUUAUGAAAACUCUCAAAGGAAGACAUGUUCAUGGAGUUAAAUAUAUUAGUUUUAUCCGCAAAGGAAGUACAAUAUGCUAACGGCAAAUUAUUGUUUUGUAAAUAGUUAGUAACUAUAGUAAUUGUUAUUUAAAUCGAAUUUUUAAAUAUAUAAUUGCAUAAUAUAUUGCAACUAAUAAA